AAAACUCCCAACUCUGAGCUUAUAAAAGGGUGGAGAGUCAAGGAAAAAGUUGUCUAUGAGUAUUGUUUAUGACCAUUUCAUUUGUUUAAGGAUUGCUUACAUGACAAAUUAAGGGUCCCACUUGUGUUUAAUAGUGUUCCAUCUUCUAUUUUCAGAUCUGAAUGAAAUGAGAGCCAGACCCAAUUCCUGGGUUUUGCACUGAGUUUCAAGAUUUGAAAACCUUAUAAAAGAUUUCUGGGUCAGUUGUAUUUUUUUCAUCUGAUUUGGUCUGAAACAGACAGAGAUCAGAUAAAGGGGAAAUGGGAUUGGUGGGUCUCCAAGAAAAUGGUAAUAGGGAAAUGGGUUUGUCUGGUUUUCCUUUGGGAGCUAAGAACAAGUACAGGAGGAUGGACUCUGAGCUCACAGAGGAUGAUGAUUCACUCCACCUUCAGCAGCAGCAAAGGAACAGAAAUACCAAGAAAUAUGUUCUAGCUUGUGCCAUUUUUGCAUCUCUCAAUUCUGUUCUUCUUGGCUAUGAUGUAGGUGUUAUGAGUGGAGCAAUCCUAUUCAUUCAAGACGAUCUGAAGAUAACAGAAGUGCAACAAGAAGUGCUUGUCGGGAGUUUAAGCGUCGUUUCGCUUCUUGCAGUGCAUUUAAAUUGGAGGAUAAUGCUCGCUGUGGGCAUUCUUCCCUCAGUAUUCAUUGGAUUCGCUCUGUUCAUAAUCCCCGAGUCACCAAGGUGGUUGGUAAUGCAGAAUCGAGUUGAAGCAGCAAGAACCGUGCUACUGAAAACUAUUGAGAACGAGUCAGAGGUGGAGGAGAGACUCGGAGAAAUACUAUUAGCUGCUGGAAUUGGUAACGCUGAGAAGUAUGAACAGAAACCUGUUUGGCGUGAACUGUUGAGUCCUUCUCCUGCACUUCGCCGUAUGCUAGUUACUGGUUUUGGAAUCCAAUGUUUCCAACAGAUCACGGGUAUUGAUGCAACCGUAUAUUACAGCCCCCAGAUCUUCAAAGUAGCGGGUAUUGCUGGUAACUCGAAGCUUCUUGCUGCAACUGUUGCUGUGGGAGUUACAAAGACUGCAUUUAUAUUAGUUGCUAUUCUUCUUAUAGACAAACUUGGAAGAAAGCCACUGCUAUAUAUAAGCACAAUUGGUAUGACUAUCUGUUUGUUUUGUUUGGGACUUACUCUAUUAUUGUUGAAGCACACACCUUUCGGGAUUGGAAUGGCGAUACUGUUGGUUUGUGGAAACGUUGCUUUCUUUUCAGUGGGAAUUGGUCCUGUUUGUUGGGUUUUGACAUCGGAAAUCUUCCCUUUAAGGCUGCGCGCCCAAGCAGCAGCACUUGGAUCUGUGGGUAACAGAGUGUGCAGUGGUUUGAUUGCCAUGUCUUUUCUCUCCAUGGCACGUGCAAUUACGGUGGCUGGAACUUUCUUCAUUUUCUCAGCAUUUUCAGCCGUUUCUGUUGCCUUUGUUUACACACUUGUUCCUGAAACAAAAGGAAAAUCGCUGGAGCAGAUUGAGGCAUUGUUUCAGAGUGAACAUGAGAGGCAAGGGAGUGCAGUGGAGCUUAGAGAUGUUGAGCAGCUUGUGCAGAAAGAGUGACCCUCUCUCCAGGGAUCAUUUCCUGACCCAAUUCCAUGUUCUAAGUUGUAUAAAUCAAGAAUUUCCCAGUUUCAAGCCUACAGGAAUUCUGAGGAGAAUUAUAGCUAGCACAUGUAGGAAUUGGUUCAGGGUUUUAUUUAUUUAUUUAUUUUUAACUUGUGUCAGAAAAUUGAGUGCACAUCUAUUCGUAUGGGAGAAUGAGUUUAAUUUAAAUUUAUUUUUUUUAAAAAAAAAAAAAGAGGGGGUGGGGGAGAGAAUCGGUAAAACAAUGUCCACGUUAAAUUCCUUUCACUGUUACUGGUUGAAAUCCAGCUUUUAUCAUUUAACCUUCUUUUGUUUAUAGGUUAAUUCUGUUUUAUUUCUGUUAACUUGCUUGAGACCACCAAGGGUCCACAAAGCAAAGCAAAGAAUUGAAAUUUUACUUAAUUUAAUUGCCAAUUUGAGAGCUACUAUGCAUUCCCUGUACACAUCAAAAGCAGAGUUAUUGACUAUCUAAGAAAAG